UCCUUUCUCUGAACCGUCUCCAAAGGGAUGGAUGCGUUUUAAGGGAAGGCGCGCCAGUUGGACUCGGGCAGGGAGUUUGUCCUGGGACGGAGCAGGCGCGAUCACGCAGGGGUUUGGGGCUCUGACUUUGUGGCACCAUGGCUACAAGUGCGGUUCCCAGUGAGAACCUUCCCACAUAUAAGCUGGUUGUUGUUGGAGAUGGAGGUGUGGGAAAGAGUGCCCUCACCAUUCAGUUUUUCCAGAAGAUCUUCGUGCCAGACUAUGACCCCACUAUUGAAGAUUCCUAUCUGAAGCACACAGAAAUAGAUGGACAAUGGGCAAUUCUGGAUGUCCUAGAUACUGCAGGCCAAGAAGAAUUCAGUGCGAUGAGAGAGCAGUACAUGAGGACAGGAGACGGGUUCCUUAUUGUCUAUUCAGUGACAGAUAAAGCCAGCUUUGAGCAUGUGGACAGGUUCCAUCAACUCAUCCUCCGAGUGAAAGACAGAGAAUCUUUUCCCAUGAUUUUGGUGGCCAACAAAGUUGAUCUAAUGCAUUUGCGAAAAAUCACCCGGGAACAAGGAAAGGAGAUGGCAGCAAAGCACAAUAUUCCUUAUAUAGAAACCAGUGCUAAGGACCCACCGCUAAAUGUUGACAAAGCCUUCCAUGAUCUUGUUCGAGUAAUCAGGCAACAAGUCCCAGAGAAGAACCAGAAGAAGAAGAAGAAAACCAAAUGGCGUGGGGACAGAGCAACUGGUUCCCACCACAAACUGCAGUGUGUGAUUUUGUGACUUGUCUCUUCAGUGUUUCCUGUUUUUCCAUUCCAACUUGAACCUAAUUUGAACUAAAAUCAAAUAAAAAGGAAGAGAAACCA